AAUCAAUAAUCACAACAUAAUCACCCUUGUUAAUUUUAUUUGGCUGGAUGUGGAGUGUGGACUAAACACUAUCGAGAAAAGCUUAUAGACUGCAGCCCAAUUAAUUGAUGAAAACGCUGUCGUAUGAGCCAUAAUUCACCCACCAAACAAUUUUGAAAAACCGAUGAAAUCACUAAUCAGCUCUCAUCAUCGCCCAAGAUAAUUUUCAAGAUUGAAUUCAGAUCUUUGCAAGGGGAAAUUUUUGGCAAUAGUGAGAUUGAAGUUCGUAAUGGUUUACCACUCUAGUUUUGUUGACGAGGAAGGAGUAACGAAAGCUUGUGGCUGUCCACUACUUCCAUUGAAAACCCAUAUCAAGGGCCCUGCACCAGUUUCUGAUCAAGAAAGCACAGAUAUUGUUGAUGAAUCAAUCACCUUUUUUCGUGCCAAUGUCUUCUUCAGAAAUUUUGACAUAAAGAGAUCUGCUGAUAAAUUGCUUAUAUACUUGACAUACUACAUUAACAUUGCUUUGAAAAGGCUUGAGGGAUGCAGAACAUUGGCUGAAGGUACCAAGGCAAUUAUUAAUCUGGGUCUCGAGGAUGUUCCGGUCCCUGGAGAGCCUGGUUUCCCCUUCCCUGGUCUCUUUUCCCCUCCUAAAUCGCACAAGGAAGCAGACUACUGGUAUGGAUCCACUUACUAGAAGACAUGUCUGGGACAUUAUAGAAAGUUCAAAAAGAGGGCGAGCCAUUGUUCUAACAACACAUUCGAUGGAAGAAGCUGAUGUUCUAAGUGAUCUGUAGUGUCGCAUCGAGAACUGAGGUGGUGGCGGUGGAGAUGGAUGAGGCUUUGUAAUGUGGUGGUGGUGGUUGUGGUGGUGGUGGUGGGUUUUAUGUGGGAAUGGUGGAGAAUCCUUCGACCGUCGUCGUUGCUGUAUGUUAUAGUACUGGGCUCAGCCCGUCUGACGAGAAUAUUGGGUCAGACGGUCUGACCCAAUACUUUCACUUUAUAUAUCUAUAGACAAAAGUACCUUUACAAAUUUGUAGAGUCCUAUUAUCAAUUGCUAUUAAGACGUAACUUUCUUUGGGCUUUUGAUUGUCUAUAUAAUCUUUCAUUAAUCCUACAAACUAGGAAUUUGCCUAAUUAUUCAUCCUCAAUGAGAGAAUGAAAUUGGGAGGUUGAAGUGCAAAGUGCAAAGAAUAUUCAUAGAAAUAGCAACCAAAUGACCUAUAUUGAGAAGUGACAACUCAAUCGGUUGCACAAUAAGCCUCUAUAUAAACAUGUCUAAGGGUAUACUUAUUAAGAAGACACAAAUUAUAUGAGUGUCUUGGACGAAUAUUUUAAUCUUUUAAUUAAGGAUAGAGAGUAACUUGAAACUGAAUUUAUAUCAUUAUAAAGGUAAAAGGAACACCAUAACGAAGAGCUAUACUUUUUUUUUGAUAAUUAAGAAGUAAUAUUAACCAAAAGAAACAAUACUGAAAAUUUUAUAAUGGCCUUCUUAAGAAAAAGGCUAUUAUGAUACUUUAAUGUGAGCUAAGUAUUUGUACACGUCACUUUUUUGAUGCUAAAAGUACUACACCUCAACCAUUGAGAACUCAUCAAUGUGCCAUUUAACCCAUUCUUCGCUAUGCAAAUAUAUUUCCAAGCCCAACUGGCUGUUGUAGGGGCUUCAUGAGUGUCCCACAAUGCAUCUUUAAUAGAUAUACAAUUCACUCAUUUCACCACAAAUUAUAUUUCUUUGAGCCACACACCAAGCAAGUUUACACACAAACACCAUAUUCCAAUUAAGGAUGUUUUUAAAGCCUAACCCACCUGCAUUUUUUGACUUGCACAAAAAGAAGAGCAUACUUUGACAAGUAAAGGUAAAGACUUACUGAAUUAAAUUGAACAAAAAGGCAGCUAAAAGUUAACCAUGGAUUAUCAUGUAAGAACAAACCUACUGUUGUUGAAUUGCAUUAUAAACCAGAACAUCAAAAUUGAGUUUAAUAGAGGAGGUUGCAUAUGCCAUCAUACGUUCUUAAGAGACCAUAGUAGAAGAAGUAACAAUGAAGUGGAAGGAUGUACUUGCAGAAUAAAUGUUAACUAAAUACACGGAAAUCCAACCCCAAAGACAUAAAGACCGUAUGAAGAAUUACAUGCAAACAAGGUAAAUAACGGAGCCAUAAAAAUGAAGAAUUGCAUGUAUGAAACUAAGAGUUAGAUUUUAACAAGUAACGGAGCCAUAAACGACAUUGGUGAAUUGGUGAUGUUGCCAAACAAGGUAAAUAAUAGGACAAGUUAUAAAAAUGUGAUCCAGGGAAGAAAUAAUAAUGGCUUGGAUAGGGAAGAUUAUGAUCCUGUUUGACAAUUAGUGGAUAAAUAUUAGCUAAUUGUAUUAGCGGAUAACUGAUAGAUGAUUGUAUUAACUGGUUUGACAAGCUGAUUGUAUAAGUUGUUUGUAUAAAAGUGCUUAAUUUGGUAAAUAGCUGAUAGUUGAUUGCUACAUAAUUGUGUAAAAUGAUCAAUAAGGAUGAGUGUAAUUAAUUAUUGUAAUUUUUAUUGUUUAUUUAUGUAAUUUUCAAGAAUUUUAGGACAUAGAUGUAGGGGUCGGGGUGUUUAGCUGAGAGAGUUUUGGGGUAAAAAGAGAUAUUUGAGAUGAAUAGUGAGGUUUGACUAGUCCAAUCCUUUAAGGGUAUUUUGAAAAUUUAGUCAAACUUCAAGGGUAUCUCAGGAAAUUUCCCAAAUACAUUCUAUAAUAGUAUUAAUUUAGAAAUUUAUUACAUAGUCAUCGUCAAUCAAUAUAACUAAUGCUUAUUUUUUGCUUUAUAUUUUCAUUUUUAGUUUUUUAUUUACUCCCUCUGUAUCGUAAUAUAGUGCGUGUUUCUCUUGCUUGAGGUCGAACUUUAAAAUCUUUGACCAAAUAUUCUCAUUAGUAUAUACAAAAAAAUAUAUACUCAUGUGGGAUUUUGUUAGGUUUGCCUUAGAGGUGAUCAUGGGCCGGGCCGCGGCCAAAAAAAUUUGCCCAUUGGCUUGGCCGGGCCGGGCUGGGCCUAAAUUCGGGCCAAAUUUUUGUGUCCAAAGCCCGCUAUUUCGGACCGGGCUUAGCAGGCUUUUGCGGGCCAAAACGGGCCGGGCCAAAAAAUAGACUAAAAAGUCGUUUUUAGCUUGCCCAAAGCCCGCCCAAAAAACAAAAAAAAAAUGACCGGGCCGGGCCCGGCCCGCGGGCCGAAAAAUUCUGCCCAAAACCCGGCCCAAAAACGGGCCGGGCCGGGCCAAAAUGAUCACCUCUAGUUUGCCUCAAUGUGUACUUUCAUAUAAUAAAUUUUUAUAUUUUUAUCAAAUAUGAAAUUGAAUAUAUCGCACGUCAAAGGUACGUCUUGGAGAUCGUGUAAAAAGGAAGCAAAUUGAAUACUAUAUUGUAGGACGGAGAGAGUAUUACUUAAUAUGCUUGCUAAAUGCAUAAAGAAUAUACUUUUGUACAGUGUUGAUUGCAUUAUGUACUACUGUUUGAUAUUGAUAUAUAAGUUGGCACAUACUCGUCCCUCUUCAUCAAAUAGUACUUAGUCAUUUGACAAGACUUUUACCUUGGAUCAUUGAAGUAUUGAGUUCGAAUCUUGCCAAAUUUGGUGUUUUAGAAUAUGGAUUCCCUUAUUCUCCCCUCUUUUCUGAAGAACCUGACUCGCAAAUGAAAGUGCUUAGGACAGGGUCCUUCUCCUUUCAUUUUAAAAAACAUAUUUGGUAAAGAGAGGUACGGUGCAAAAUUAGAGGUUUGAACACAUAUUAUUGAAUUUUGAAGUUCAAAGUUGAAGUUUCAAGUGUACCUCUGGAAAUUAAUGCACUUGAAUUCCCGUCUAUGAUAAAGGUAUUUUUAAACAAUGUGUGAAACCUUAGGGGUAUUUGAGAGAUUAUCAAAAUAAAAAGGGUAUUUUGAGAAUUACGCCAAACCAGAGAAAUAUCUCAGGAAAUUUUCCAACAUAUUUAGCACUUAUUUGUAACUCUAAGAACUGCAUAUAUCAAAAUCACUAUUAAAAAAAAAAAACUAAAAAGAGUCGUAAC